AUGGGGGACACACGCGAGAUUGCCGUAAAAAUUGUACUAGUGAAUAUCAUAGGCAGACAGGUCUUCAUCAGACAUGAAGCCCGAUGGGAGCCGUCUUUUGUCCUCCGAUUUUCCGUGGUUUUGGACCAUGGAUUAAAAGUUAUACUCAGUGUUGAUCUACCAGUCAAAGCACCAAUCUUAGGUAAAUAUGACUGCCCUAUUCCUCCCCAACUGCUUUACACACGAUCUACACCCCUGGAGGAUGGCCGGUGCCCCAGCGAGCUUCUAAUGGAACGCCGCAUUAGGUCCCGUCUUCCUAACUUCAAGCCAGCAGUUCCAAAACCAGCCAGAAAACACACACAGGAUAACACCAAAGGAUGUCUUUUGAGGCCACUACGGGAAGGUGACGUGGUACGUCUGAGGGACAAAGGACAGAGGGUCACAAAGGGCCAAGUUUGCCCUUUAAGGAACGUGGCGCCUCGUUCUUCACUGGUUGUCACGCAGGAUGGCCGGGAAUAUCUACGCAACAGAGAACACCUGCGACCGACGAAUGAAGAGCUGAUGAGUUCCGUUUACUUUGAGGAGCACCUGGAGGAUUCCCCAUCCUGUGGCCUGACGAGCAUUCAAGCUGCACCGGCUGCCUUGACCCCAACAGUGCAGUAUGAUGAUCCAGCAAUCACAACCACAGUCGCUACUUCAACGAGAACUCCGACCAGCUCCCCAGCUGCAGUCAACUCCGCAGCGAGAACAGAGGAUGAUCGGGCUAGUGAACUUGGACCUUGUGUUGCUCGGACAUCAACCCGAACUGUGCGGCGACCCCAAAGGCUAAACUACGAUCAGAACUUCCAGCAGCAAGCUUAACGGGCUUUUGAGUUAUUGCUUUUUAUAUUUCGUGUUUUGUGUAUUUUGUUUAUUUUCGUAUGUAUUUCUUGUUGGUUUUUCAUAGUCCAAAGAAAGGGAGAUGUAACGGUCACGAUACUAGCGCCAA